GUCCGAGGAGAUGGGCCCCGCUGAAUGUCUGGCUUAUUAAAUGCUCCCUGUGCGCCUAUGCCAGCAAAAAGAUUGGCGUCCGCUCUCAAGCAGCUUGCAUUCUCCUUGGGGGAGGGGAGGGGAAGGACCCGGGCUGGGUGCCCCGGGGGAGAAGGCCCUCCUGGCCACACCUGGCGUCUGGAUGCUUCUGGGGCCCAGAAGAGGCGCUCCUCCCUGCACUGUGCGGCCUGGGGGCCCAGCAACCACCCGGGGUGGGAGGGCCUCGUCGCUGCCCCCGGCCUGUCGUGGAGGAAGAAAGUGGCUCUUAAAAGGGCUGAUGAUGGAUGGCGGACGGCUCCUCUUGGAAUCCCCCCACCCCCCGUGGAGCUGCAGGCGGGACACGCGGGGCGGCUGGGAGGCACCCGGACCCUUCCCAUCCCGAUUCUGGAAGCAGUGACCCGUGAGGCCGUUCCAGGGGGUCCGGUGGGAGGUGAGAAGCGAAUGAGGGGGCGCAGCAGACGAGGAGGAGCUCUCUGGGCAGACUCGGCCUCACGCCUCCUUCUGAUCACCCCCCGGGCCCCACGGGAACGAGAGAAUGCUGGAGGAGAGACCCCAGGCCCGGACUCGCCAGGUGCGCCAGGUGGAGUGCCGGAGCCUCUGGGCCCUGACCUAAGGCCCCUCAGCGUGAUGGAGACCCCGAAUACCAGUCCUUCUUAGCUCCCGUUAGAGGCCUGGGAACGUGUAUUCAUAGGGUCAACGUGGAGAGGUGAUACGGGAUAAUGAAGAGCGAUGGAUGUGAUGACCUCAGUUCAGAUCCCGGCUCUGCUGCGGUAGCUGUGUGACCUCAGCUGACACGCUUCACUCCUCUGGGAGUCGGUUUUCUCAGGAGUAAAAGGAGGGUGUUGGACCAAAAGACCACCAUGGCCUCUUCCAGCUCUAAAGCCAUCAGUCUAAUUCUUAUGAAUUUGUAAACUAGUUAUCGCGAGCCUGCUGUGGGCACGGCCUCAGCUCUGUGCGGGAGCGUAAAGACAAAGCCCUCAAAGGGCUUACUCCAGAAUAGGAGACGUGAGACGAGUACUAAAUAAGUAAGGUGCAGAGCAGGAUGUGGUAAGAACUCUCGUCCGAGGGUAGGGCCGGCCCCUAAUGCAGGCUCUGUAAGGGGUGACACUUGCCAUGUGCCCUAGGUGGAGAUGGCCGGUCUACCAUGGGGCGUUGGAGUGGCGUCUAGAGCGGGAUGUAAGGGGGCAGAUCCGCUGUGCCCUAAUUGUGCCAGUUGUAGGGUGCCAUACCCUCCAGGAGAAUAGUGAGACACCAAAGAGCGAAGGGCUCCUAAGAGCUUGGCUAUGAAUAGGUUUUAUUAGAGUUAAAUAGGUUGAUAGGGUUGUUUAAGGGAGUUUACUCACAGGAUCAGUCGUCAUGGGUGGCAACAGGACAAAAUAACAUUGUGGAUCCCUGCACCAACCCCAGGCCAGGUGUUGCAUAAACGCAGAACAAAGAAGGCGUAGUGCCAGAGAUGGUCUCGGGUCAUAUGCAAGCGUCCCCAUGGAAUAGUUGGAGCUGGUUUUGCUGUUUAUGUUUACUCAAGGUAGUUUACAUUCUCUAAGACUCGAGGUCAUGUUCCUAGGCUCUGGCUACCACUAUACCACCCCUCAUGACCUGCUUAUAUAAUCUUUCUGAUAGUAUCUUUCACAAAGUUUCCUGAGUAAUACACAAGUGGGUUUGUUGACGUGAAGGAAGCAAUCCACAGCAGCAAUACCAGCUCAAUAGGAAAACAACGUGACCAAUAAGAAAAGCACCACAAUUGUUCCAAUUUCCUUCCAUCCCACCCCUAGGGAGGUGAAAGAAAAAUCAGUGGCCUUUGAUGAUUAGUGGCAGAACUGAACCUCCGUGAAGGCCAGAUGAAUUUCUGGAGCAAGUUCAGGGACAAAGAAACAUGGCUUGGGCAAUUUUACAACGUAUUGGGGUGACACAGAAUGUUACAAGAAUCGAUUACAAAAUGGAAUCACAAUCACUUGAUUUUUCUCAAUUUUCCCUUUUUUGUCAAUGGGAAACGUCAUCAUUUUUCCUGGUAAGUUAAUGUAAGAACAACCAGAAUGAUUAAUCAUAGUAUAAACCAUAGUAAGACUACAUAAAACCAUGGACUAAUUUCAGAGGGGAGAUUUACACGUCACCAAGAUAACUGAGAGAACUCAGUACACAGGUAGAGUAAAGCAAAAAGCCAAAAUAGUACAAUAAGAGCCAUCAACCCAUUCUCAAUGUCCAUUUAAUCAGCACAUUUCAUCUUGGAUCUCAAAUGUACCAUGUAGUUGUCUGGUCUCCGGAAACAUCUUUUCUUGGUCAUUCUAGGAUAGGUCUCUUCUUUAGUAGUUUUACUUCUCUGGUUCCAAGUUAUUUGGAGAGACUCUUUAGAUGUUCCUGCUAAAAUCUUUCACAAAACAGAUCUCAAUACAAGUUAGUAUAGCCUCUCAAAUUUGAUUUCUCCAGUAACUAGUUCAUGUGGUGAAAACAACCGGAACCUUGUGGCUCUGAUGUUAUCAACACAAGUGCUGGAAGGGCAACAUCAAAUUAGGAACCCGUAAUUCACUUGAAACUUUGGAGAAUUUAGGGUUUCACAUGCACCGUUAGAAUCAUUUACAUUUGACGUGUGAUUGUCUGAUCUUGUUGCUUUCUCAAAAAUUUUCCAAUUAAUUUCGGUUCCUUUAGGAAGGUCCGAUGCUAUUGAGGAUCUAAUCCUAUAUAUGAAAAUAUAGGUAACAACAGUUUUGGUAGGUAGAGACUUUCCACCCCUAGGUUCACAGAUGAAUUUUCUUUUUUUUCCUUUUUUUUUUUAAUAGGA